GCGGCUCCUGUCCGGGUUCUGGCAGGUUAAGUGUGUGGUCGGGGUUUGGAGCGGAAUUGUGCACGUGCACGUGCACGUGCACGUGGUUGUUCCCGAGUCGGAUUUGGAGGAGCGAGCCGCGAGCUUUGCCACAUUUCACAUAGCUGUGUGGGAUCGGCAAGAACAUGGAGACAAAAAUACCUUUGCCUGGAGUUUUCUUAGAGAUCAGGAACAGCACGCAAAAUGGACACUUAGUAUUGGGGUCUUUCCCUGAGGAUCGCUCAGAAUUGCAAGUUAGGCUCGGCCUGACGUCCAUUAAUCUUCAGACUUCUGACAAGUGUGUGAACUUUGAUUUGCCAGCAGGGGUCAGAAUUGCUCCUUCCUCUUGCCGCAGUCUCCAGUACAUUGCAGGAGACGGCUUCCACAUGAGGCUACAAGUUCUUACCGAUGGACCGAAAGAGCUGCUUCCAACGGUGAUACAGACACUGAAAGCCCAGGCAUGUUAUGCCUUUCAGUGCCAGAGCUGCGGGCAUUCUCUACUCCAGACACAGAUGUUCCAGAGAGUUUUACCUUUGCCUAGUGGAGAUUGGAAUGAUGUGGUGGAACAUUGGUGCUGCCAUUCCAAUCCUUUUGCCCAGGAUUUUCAGCCGAAGUUGGAUGACUGUUUCUUGGGGGAUACUUUCCUGUUGGUGAACGUUGCAAAUGUUGAUAAGAUGGCUGCACUUGAAAAGGAGAGUCAACCGGAGAUCAGACAGAAUGUGGUUGACAACGGAGACCAUUUAGUGAAGAUGCCGAACAAAAAUAAAACAGUAGUCUGCAGCCGUUGCAGGAAGAUGCUGGGAAAUAUGACAUCUUCAGAUACAAUUAAACUUUAUAUCACUGAACUGCUGGUCCAACCUUUGAUGAACGAGACUUUGGAAAGACAAAUAAAUGAAAGAUAUUACUUUGUGGAGAGAGUGGUUGCUGGUCGACUGAUGGAGUUAUCGUCCAUUCAAAGCAGCUUUAGAUUCUGCAUUCAAGGGCACGAUGGAGAGACUUACGCUUUGCUCUGGCUUUUGAAUUCGGACACCCUGCUGGUGAGAUCACACAACGAUCCCAUUUGUGAUUUUACUGCAGUUGCCAGUACCACUGUGACGAAUGAGUCUAAAGUCCGUUUGUGUGAAGCAAACAAUGCUGUCAAAGUCCUGUAUCACCCCUGCUUGAAAGGAAGAAACAGAAUUAUGCAGGAGAAAUGGGAGAAGAAUAUUGGUGUGCACUGCAUGAUCUUCCCAGCAAGCACCUGUCUGGAGCUGUUACUCAUACUAGCAUCCUCAACUGCCUCUCUCCCUCCAUCACUGCAGAAUUUGAACUCAUUCAAGGUAGCAUUUUUGAAACUGGAUUGAUGGUAGUCAUUACCACAUCGGAAAAGUGCGUGGAUUGUGAAGGACUUCGGUUUUUGCUCCGUGAAUCAGUUUGCAGGGUAAUAAAAAUAGUUGGCUUUGAGAGGAGCUGCUUAAAAUUAAUGGAAUUUGACAUAAUAGGCCAAUGGAACAGCUUAAUGACAGAACUGUGAUCUCAGCAUUUCAAAGAAAAUAAAAAAGUAGGAGACACAGGAGAUUUCUGCAGAUGCUGGAAAUCUUGAGCAAUGCACACAAAAUUCUGGAGGAACUCAGCAUGUCAGGCAGCAUCUAUGUAGGGGGAUGAAUAGCUGAUGUUUUGGCCGAGACCCUUCAUCAGGACUGGAAGAAAAGGGGGCAGAAGCCAGAAUAAGAAGGUGGGGGACAGAGGAAGAGUAGAAGCUGGAAGGUGAUAGGCAUGAUCAGGUGAGGGGGAGGAUGGGAGAGAUGAAGAUGAUGUGAAAAUCUGGGAGUUGUUAGGUGGAAUAGGCUAUUUGCUGUUUGCAGUUAUUUCGCCCUUCAUUAAAAAUGGCUGGUCAUCUGCAUUCCAGAUCCACCUUUCUAAUCGAUAAGCAAAUCUGUUGAUUUGCAGGCAUGAAGCUUGCAAUUUCAUUUGUUUGUAUACUUGCAAUUUCAUUAUAAAUUAACUGUAUUACUAGGAAGGUGAAAGCUUCAAUUGACAGAUCUGGAAUAUAUCAAAAUUCACACAAUGUCCGGUGUAUAGAAGUGGUGCUUCUUUUAAAGACUUAUAAAUGUACUAUGGUGACCUUGUCAGCUGAAUGUGCUAAGGAACUUCUUGAAGAAUGGAAGCCAAUAAACCAAGAAGGUCAUUUUAACUUAGGGAUUUAAUAAGAAGAAUUGUCUGUCACCCAGGCUGAAGGAAAUCAGUCUCUGAUUAACUGUGCCACAUUUGACUGCCUUCGGUGUGGUGCAUCUCCAUUUGGCUUUAAGGUGAAUCGUGGUGUGUGUUCCAGGUUGAGAAAUAGUUAAAGCCAGUCCUUCCAAAUGUGAACUGUUGUGAAGGGCUCUGAUUUGCAGUCUUUUUGGGAUUGUUUUCCCCCUUGAGUUUAUAUGGAUAUUUCUGCCUAUGCAAUGUGUUAAUGACUUCAGUGGGGAUUGAGAGAGGGAUUUGUGAAUUUACAUUAGUAAAUUUAUUUAAUCAUCAAUUGUGAUUAAAUGCACCAGUUG